GAUGGCGGACGAGUAACUAAUUCUCAAAUUUCGCAUGUUUUUGCUGUUUUUAAGGAUCAAAAAGGACUUUAUUAACUUUGUCUUGGUUACAAAUACCAAUAUAUUGAGUAUAUUUAGUCAAGGAUACGAUAAUUUGUGAGAAUAUGCCUGUGAAUUGUAAGAAUUGUGGCUUGAAAGCUAUUUUGAAGCGGCCAAAGACGGGUGAUGCUCUCUGUAAGGAGUGCUUCUAUUUGAUGUUUGAGUCUGAGGUUCACCAAACUAUUUUAGAGAAUGAGCUGUUUCGUAGAGGAGAGACGGUGGCCAUUGGUGCUUCUGGAGGAAAAGAUUCUACUGUUUUAGCCUAUGUUCUCAAGACUCUGAAUGAAAGAUAUGACUAUGGCUUGAACCUCUUGCUUCUGUCAGUCGAUGAAGGGAUAACAGGGUACAGAGAUGACUCCCUUGAGACUGUGAAGCGUAACCAGAUUCAGUAUGACAUGCCCUUGAAGAUAGUUUCAUAUGAGGAACUUUAUGGCUGGAGUAUGGAUGCAAUAGUCAAGCAAAUAGGACUCAAAAAUAACUGUACUUUUUGUGGGGUGUUUCGUCGGCAAGCAUUAGACAGGGGAGCUAUGUUACUAAAUGUUGAUAAAAUCGUUACAGGUCAUAAUGCUGACGAUGUGGCCGAGACAGUUAUUAUGAAUGUACUUCGAGGAGAUAUCGCAAGAUUAAGAAGAUGUACAUCAAUAGUUACUGGUAGUGAGGGAACACUUCCUCGAUGCAAGCCGUUUAAAUAUACAUAUGAAAAAGAAAUUGUAAUGUAUGCUUACUUCAAGAAGCUAGAUUAUUUCUCUACAGAAUGCAUAUAUUCUCCUAAUGCAUAUCGAGGUCACGCGAGAACCUACUUAAAGGACCUGGAAAAAAUUCGUCCAAGUUCUAUUAUAGAUAUUAUUCACUCUGGCGAGAGUAUGUCAGUGAAGAAAGAAGUCAAAAUGCCUGUCCAGGGUACUUGUAGUCGGUGUGGAUAUAUCUCAAGUCAGCACCUCUGCAAGGCGUGUGUUUUGCUAGAGGGAUUAAACAAAGGUUUACCAAGGCUUGGCAUAGGAAAAACCGACAAGCUCCAACGUCAAGCUAAGAAUGCCUGCAAUGAUGGUGGAUGUAUUGACAAUAACUGUGGUGGAAAAUCUAAGAAUUGUUUAGACUUUUGAUAUCUAAUGACAUCUUUAAUUAUUUGUAAAUAAAACUUAAACGAGAUUUCA